UGGCGGCCGACAGCAUGUGGGCCGGCUGGGGUGGAGCACUCUUCAGAGCCAAAGACCGGCCGCUCCGGGGCGCGUGCCCUCGCUCGCCCUCACCCCAGCCCUGCCGGUCCAGGAGGAGAGUCGGCGUGGUGCGUCCGUCCACUUUGGAGUUGGAGGGCGGCGCCCGGGACCCUGGUGGGAGCGUGUUGGCGCCGCGCGCGCGAGGCGGGGCGGGAGGCGGUGGUGGGAGGCGCCGGCGGAGGAACCCGGCUCGCAGAGCUCCAGCGCGAGGGGAGAGGGCGCUCCGCGCCUGGUGCAGGCAGAGCGCCCUGGGACGCCGACAGUCGGCUAGCGCACCCCGCCAAUGGCGCGCCCCCCGAGCCCACGACCAAUGCUGCCUGCACUCCUGCUGCUGCUGCCGCUGCUGCUCCGAGCGGGGGACCACCUCCCCACAGAAGGCCGGCUCAUGAACAGCUGUAUCCAGGCCAGGAGGAAGUGCCAGGCCGAUCCCACUUGCAAUGCUACCUACCACUACUUGAAUUCCUGUGCCUCUAGUAUAAGCACCUCAUCACCUGCAGAGGAGCCUUCAGUCCCUGAGGACUGCAUAGAGGCAGCACAGCAACUCAGGAAUAGUUCUCUGAUGAGCUGCACAUGCCAUCGGCGCAUGAAGAACCAAGCUACCUGCCUGGACAUCUACUGGACCGUUCACCCUGCCCGUAGCCUUGGUGACUAUGAGCUGGAUGUCUCUCCCUAUGAAGAUACAGUGACCAGAAAACCCUGGAAAAUGAAUUUCAGCAAACUGAACAUGCUCAAACCAGACUCGGACCUCUGCCUCAAGUUCGCCAUGCUGUGCACUCUUAAUGACAAGUGUGACCGGCUGCGCAAGGCGUACGGGGAGGCGUGCUCCGGGUCCCGCUGCCAGCGCCACACUUGCCAAAGGCAGCUGCGCUCCUUUUUCGAGAAGGCGUCGGAGCCCCACGCUCAGGGCCUGCUGCUGUGCCCGUGCGCGCCCACCGACCAGGGUUGCGGGCAGCGCCGGCGCAACACCAUCGCCCCCAGCUGCUCACUGCCAUCGGAGGCCCCCAACUGCCUGGAGCUGUGGCACAUAUGCCUGUCCGACCCGCUGUGCAGAUCGCGCCUGGCGGAUUUUCAGACCCACUGCCAUCCCAUGGACAUCCUAGGGACCUGUGCAACAGAGCAGUCCAAAUGUCUGCGAGCAUACAUGGGGCUGAUUGGGACUGCCAUGACUCCCAACUUUGUCAGCAACGUCAAUGCCAGUGUUGCCUUAAGCUGCACCUGCCGAGGCAGUGGCAAUCUGCAGGAGGAGUGUGAGCAGCUGGAAGAGUCCUUCUCCCGAAACCCCUGCCUCAUGGAGGCCAUUGCAGCUAAGAUGCGUUUUCACAGCCAACUCUUCUCCCAGGACUGGACAGCCUCUACCUUUUCCAUGAUGGAACGCCAGAACAAAAACCCUGCUCUGAGGCCACAGCCCUGGGUGCCCUCUCUUUUCUCCUGUACACUUACCUUGAUUCUGCUCCUGAGCCUCUGGUAGCUGGACUUCCCUGGGGGCCCUCUUCUCCUUUACCACACCCAGCUGACCUGCAGCCUGCAAGGGUUGAGGAAAGGACAGCAUCAGGAAGGAGGUUUGGUAUACAACAUGGCAACCCUGACGUUACCCCACACCUCCAGUUGACUCCAGAUUAGGCCACAGUAGAAGCUGACUAGCCUAGUUCUCAUUCCCUUCACUUCUUUUUUUGUUUUGUGGUGGUGGUGUUGUUGUUGUUUUUGGCCGUGCCUCUUGGCUUUUGGGAUCUUAGUUCCCCGACCAGGGAUUGAACUGGUCCCUUGGCAGUGAAAGCUCGGAGUCCUAACCACUGGACCGCCAGGGUCAUUCCCUUCACUUCUGACUCAGGCUGCCCCUCCUUAGGACUUUAGCCAUAUCUUCUGGUGAUGUCCAGCUCUACCAGGCUCUCUCCCUACCCCUUUCUUCUGCCCACCAGCAUCACCCAGGCUCUAACAAAUCAGUCACGCUCUCUUGCAUUCUCCAGUUAGGCAGGGCUGGGUGUUCUGAAGCAACCUAGAAAGACAUUCCUCAUGGUGAGGAAAGCUGGAGCAAGACUCUUGGCCCCUUGUCUCCUCCUCUGAAUGGGGAAUGGGAACCUACUGCCUUCCCAGGGAUCCUACAGAACAUUUGAGCAUCACGAGCUAGAGCAUAUGGGCCUUGCUUUCUUCCUGCUACUGUCCCAAAGUCCCCUUAGCCUCU